UUCUUCGGCAAAAGCGCGUGGCCCAUGUGGACGGCCUGGACGGAACUUGCAAGUCGGCAUUUAUCACAAGCCCUGCGCGGACAUGGAAGGCGACAUCGCGACCUUGCCAGCAGGCCCAGCAGGCUUCGAUGUCUAUGUCUAUGUACCCUGUCUGCUAAGUGUCAACGAAAGCGUACUUGCAACAUGCUGGUUUACUUUCGAGCUCCUGAAAAAAGGCACCAAAACGGGAACCCAACUUUCAGGCACUACCAUACACUCCUUUGACGUGCUGAGCUCUGCAGCAGUCCAAGGGCUACAGGAUUCCCAACUGCAGCGAAUCAGAUCGUCCAGACAUGGGCCUGGGAGCUUGGCAUGAAGUCUGGGAUGGGUUGGCAGUUGAAGCUACUUGGGUACCAGAGUUUCAAUUCCCAGAGUUUCAAGCUCGCGUGCAGACACAUAGACGGGCCUCGCAAAAACGCGGACGCCCCCGUGUGUGCCGCCUGGCGCUGUCACGAGAGACUAAGAUGGACAUGGCGGACGUUUCCUCAACACGUUUGCUCUGCUUUAAAAAAGAUGCAACUAUUUGUUGGGGAGUUGUGAACACCAAUUUCCGCAGUUGGGAAAAACAACGCUGAGAUCUAUGAUGGCCGGACCACAGCAUUCGGCAUUGGCAACGCCUUUGGCACUGGGAAGACGGAGGUUGCGAUCCGGAGUGCCGAGAUGACCUGCGCAACGCAGCCCGGCUUGAGAGUCGCUUCCAUCUCCUUCAGCAAUGGAUACAAGAGCCCAGCUUUGACUGACACCGUGAAGGACGACAGCUUGAGGGCAAAGAGGGGCAGCCAGGUGCUCCGAUGCAGCAAAUACUGCGGGCUGGAUACGGGCAACGCGGGUCAUUGACAACGAGGUGCAGGGCAAUGCGAGGCUUUUUCAAGGGAUUGUUGCAGCUUACAUGGGAAAUCCUCAGUGGAAGCUUCCUGGCUAUGUUGAACAAACCGAUGCCAAACUAAUCGUCAUUCUUGACGAGGUGCAGGAGUUCGCCUUCAGCACGCUGGAAGGCCUACCAUGAUCAUUGUGCCGUCAAAGACUCGCAUGAGUGUGGUUGGUGCUUUUGCGCCGUCCUUUUUGAACCCCUCUGCCAGUCGACCGCGCGAUGUAAGGCUGCCAGUAUAAGCAGAGGAUGACAUGGAGCAGAUUUUCCAGGACAGGAUUCCAGGUGCGCGGAUCAAUUUCGAAGGAGUGUCAUUGCCGGGGCUCUUCGGCGGCUGUGUGCGGCCGCUAGCCAUUUGGUCCUCUGCGAAAGAGGAACUUGGAAUGAACCAGGACCCCACCCAGUCCUGUCUUCGCCAAUAUGAGAAUCUUGCAUCCAACUACUGGACGACGGCGGACCUCGUUCAGGCGGCCGUUGCGGAUGUGCCCAUCUGCUCUGAGAUGCUGAAAACUGCAUUUAUGCAGAACAGCCUGAGUCUCGGCGCCGCCUUCGUCUUACCCAAAGACCGGCAUAUCCUUGUUUCGCUGCCACCCUUGCAGAUUGCGGCAGGCCAGUUCGAACUUCCAACUGAGAUAGAUAAGGGCACUCAAAGGAAAGUUCGUGACAUACUGCACCUACGUGGACGCAGUUCGAGGAGCUCACGGGCAUCGCGCCAGCUUUGCGAGUUGCUGCAACAUGGGCCUGAUUCUUGGUGGCCAUACCGUUCUGCAGCAUGUCUUUGGAAGCGAGGCCUCCAAUACCAAGGCCCAGGAACUGCUCAGAAAAAAUGUGAGGGAAGAUCUCGCAGUGCGUUGGGUCAGAGGUGGCACAGAUGUGGCAGCAGUGAACUUUUCUCAGCGAUGCUGGCGAGAAGGAGCUGUUGACCAUUGGCAUGGCCGGAGAUCACGAUUCAACAUUCGACCACUUCCUCAUUGUCCCGCUGGACAAUGGCGAGAAGCUCUUGUUCUGCUUAGAUGCAAAAUUUAGCGUGGAGGGUAUGGAGAAGGACUUGAACUUCCAGCGAGACAUUCAGCCCAAGCUGAAGGGAUUCUCAGCAAUGAACCUUCCAACAAGUUGGCAUACUUUGGUCCUUAUCGUGUCGAAUCGCAGGAUCACCGCAGGACAAGCAAGACGUGUAAAGAAUUCUGCAGAGGCGCCGCUAAUCGCAGCAGGGGCGGAGCACCUGCAGCGCGUGCUGUCGUGCUCUUUGGUCCCACCAGCAUACAGAGAACGGAGGC